AUGGAACGUGUAAACUUUAGAGACGCAACGCUUAACAUAGAACAAUGCCGUCGAUUUGUGAGAAAUAUACUGCAGACGAAAGGGGCCAAACCUUUUGAUUUUGUGCGCACAGCUCCUCGUCAUGAUCCUCAGGCUCUUGCUAAUGAGUCCUUUUCUGGACACUGUAGAAAUCCUCAAACUGAAAGUUUCCUACAGCUUCUAGAACUCGAAUAUCUUCUUGAUUACUCAAUCCGAUCAAAGGAGCAGACAGGAAGUCUGGCUUCUAGAGGUCACCCUGAUUAUGAUACUGAGGACAUUCCAAUUGAGGAUGUGGAUGAUGAAGAAGAAGAACUCGACGAAGAAAAUGACACGUAG